UAGCUUCAAGCAAGCGAAAGCGACAGAAGACACGCAAACUUGAAGAAAUGUUGGUUCCUGGUUGGGGGACUUAUGAUCUUAAUUUCAACACCUCUAAUAAUCCAGGCGCCAAAUCUUUGCGUUCAUUUAUCCAGAAACUUGAUCAAUCUGCAAGAUGGGCUAAUACCCGAUCUCAAAACACAGAAAACCUUAGAGCCCAGUUUCAACGGGGUAGUCUCGACUUGAUCACUGCUCUCUAUCACGAUCCAUCAUUAGUGGCGGAAGACGUUAUCACUAUCGACAAGAGUGAAAACUUAACAAGGCAUCUCAAACUGCAAUUUUCCCGUCCACUUCUUUUUCAGUCAACUGCUUCUCGUUCCAUCAGUCAUCCAGAAGUAUCAUGGAGUACAUUUUGGACGUUUAUGCGGAAGAACCGUCAGAAGUUCGUUGACGUGUAUGAUUACUCGAUUGACAAGGAAGUCGAACGCACCGAGAGGCGAUUGACCGAAGAUGUUAUCAAGCACUGGGAAAAGGAUUCGCGAACGGCAUUGAAUUGUCUUGACAUUGAGAACAGAAUACGCCAAUGUUGCCCAACCCCUAUCAUGGACUCUGACUUAAUUCAGCGGAUUGCACGAGACGGCCAGACUACUAUCGGAAAAGCUGACUCUACCUGGGUCAACCCACAUAAGGAGUUUCUUCUUCUGAGUACAAAAGAUUGUAUAUCUCCAAUCCAUGUUGACAUUGGUGCAGCACUCACGUGGUUGUAUGUCAUUCAUGGCCGCAAGAUUGUCUAUUUCCCUUACACAAUCAAUCUCAAUGCGGUUCGCUUACUGGCACGACUUGGGUCGGAACAAUUCAAGGGAUACGACGGCGGCUGGAUUCGAGUGGAGUUAAGACCAGGUGAUCUAUUUAUCAUGCCCCCAUCAUGUCCACACGCUGUCUUCACGCCAGAUGAUUCUUUAGUUGUCGGUGGCCACUUCUAUACCUCGGCUCACUUACCCUCGACACUGGAAGGGCUCAGAUUUCUUGAGGGGCGGCAAAAGAUUUCUAAUGAAUCAUUGAAGGAUGAUCACUAUGAGACGCUCGCGCAGAUCCUUAAUUCAUACGACAAAGUUGCGACACCGGAGGAGGUCAAGCGUGCCUGGGCAACUUGCCAUCUGUUCCUUGAUUCGCCAACAAAAGCCAAGCUACCGACAGCCCGUACCGAGUUUAUAACUGCUCUAAAGAGUUUUAAUCAGAGGGCACGUGAAAGCUUCUCACAAGAACCAGAGUAGUCGGAUAAAAAUAAUAUAUUUGCGGACAAUACUUGGCUCAUAAGUUACAGUCUACAGUGACUGCCAUGGGGCUUCCUAGGUCUGAAAACAAUCAUGUGGCCUGGUAUGACACCAGGAAUCUCGCCUGUCUGCACCUGAACCAGUAUGCGAAGCACCGGAUAGCCUGCUUGUAAGCCCACUCUCAUUCAAGCCAAAGGACGAAGCGAUCAUUGAAAACAAUUUAAUGGGUUGCAAAAGAAGACCGCUUAUAGCAUGUAGCUAGUUCAUAUAUGAUCAAAGAUAA